UUCGCUCCUCUCUCCCUGUCGCGUCAUUUCUUAUUCCCCGUUCUUCUUCUUCUUCUUCUUCUUCUUCUUCGUUCCCCCAAUUCCCUUUUUCUCCGAUACGACGAAGCAAACCCUAAACCUAAUCCUAACUCUCGGUCCACCGUGAUUGGAAUUCGACUUCGCCUCUGCUACUUCGAAAUGGUCGGAUCCCUAACCCUGGCUGGAUUCUCUACGCUCCGCGUGCCCUCGUUUAGGGCGGCCGCCGCACGCCGCCGGGCCGUGGCGGCGCCGCCGAGGGCGAUGGCAGCGGCGGUGGCGGCGCCGCCUCCGAGGGCGGGGAGGAGAGGGAGGAGCCUCUACCAGGUGCUGCAGGUGGGGGAAACGGCGUCGGCGGGGGAGAUCAAAGCGGCGUACCGGGCCAUGGCGAAGCGGGUCCACCCCGACGUCGCCGCCGCGGCCGAGGGGGGCGGAUGCGGCGGCGUCGGCGUCGGCGCAGGGCCGGAGGAGUUCCUCGAGAUCCGUAGAGCGUACGAGACGCUGUCCGAUCCGACGGCGAGGGCGGAGUACGACCUCUCGAUCGGGCGGCUCAGAUUCACCGCUGCGCCGGGAUUCAGGUCGCGGAGGUGGGAGACCGAUCAAUGCUGGUAGAGGUGGACGUCGCGCAGCGCGCCACGUGUCGCGAUCUGACAGUAUUAGGAUAUAUAUAUUUUUUUUUUGCUGUCGAUCGUGGCCCCUCCUGUAGCUGUAGCCUCUCUCUCUCUCUCUCUCUCUCUCUCUCUCUCUCUCUCUCUCUUUUGGCCCUUUUUAAUUUCUUCGACUUUUUGGGUAAAUUUGUGUACAUAUAUGCGAUCCAUAGAAUUGAAAAAAAGAGGCAGUUUCGCCCCUCAUAGCUUUUUAAUUUUUGCUUCUAUGUUUCUGUUUU